AUGAUGUUGGAGUGGGCGCUGCACGUGAUCCCGUGCGUGGCCAUGCUGUACCUCAUGCGGAAAGCCGGGGAGCCGAGCUCGUCCUCAUCGUCAACCGCGACAACGGCCGGCAAGGACUACGGCGGCAACGAGAGGACGGGGUUCACCGGUGCGGAUGUGGAGGAUGGAUACGGCGAGCAGGUGCCUAGUUCGAACAGAUAACGCACCGGCGGCGGCGGCGGCGGUUAUACCGGCUGACUGGUGGAAGAUUCCUGCACUCUCGGGACGACUGCUGUUUGUGCAUAGAUAGUUGAUUUUUGAUCUGUAGAGCUUUGUUGUUUGUCGGCUU